AUGAGCGCGGUAGUAAGAGUUCGAAAUGCGAAGGGUCAACUAAUAACAGCCCGUGCUCUGCUAGACACCUGCGCGACCGCGCACUUUAUUACCGAAAAACUUGUUAGCCUUUUACAAAUACCCACACAAGCGUGUUCAGUUUCGGUCAACGCGAUCAAUGGAAUGAACACCAUUUCCAGGCAUCGAGUUGAAGUUCGCUUACAAUCGUUCCGUGGCAACUACGAACGAGGUUUGACUUUCUUAACCAUCCCGCAAAUCGCUACCGCAGUGCCGGAUAGGCUAUUUCCUCGCGAACUUAUUCAAAUUCCAGCGAAUCUGCAGCUGGCCGACCCGCAGUUCCACAUGCCGCGACCCGUUGACAUGUUGAUCGGCGCCGGGGCCACUCUGUCAAUGUUGUGUGUAGGACAGAUCAAUUUAUCUCGCGGUAAGAAUGACUUGAUUUUGCAAAAAACGCAGUUAGGAUGGGUAAUCGCGGGGGGAAUCCACAGCGACAAUGGUCAGCAAGUCUGUUGCACAAUGGCAGAAUUGUCCGCUCAGUUAGAGAGACUUUGGAAAAUAGAAGAUAUCGAUAACACGUCCAACAAAGUUUUAGACGAUGAGAUGUGCGAAGCACACUAUGCAAGGAACACAACUCGGAACGCAGACGGACGUUACGUUGUGAGACUGCCGUUCCGUAUACAUGAUAUAGAUUUCGGUAACUCGCGAUCAAGGGCUCUCCGACGUUUUUACUCGCUUGAGAAACGAUUUAAAGCUAAUCCUCGCGUCGAAGCGGAAUAUCGCAAGGUCAUGAACGAAUACAUCGAACUCAAUCACAUGUCGUUGGUCGAAGGCAAUCCACAGGACGGAUAUUUCUUGCCUCAUCACGCGGUUACUAAGGCUUCAAGUAAUACUACCAAGGUUCGCGUUGUAUUUGAUGCCUCCGCGAAAACGAACCGCGGUAUCUCGCUUAAUAACGCGUUAUUGAUCGGGCCGACUAUUCAAAACAAACUUCUCAAUCAUCUGUUGCGUUUUCGUUCGCAUGUAUACGUCGUAACGGCUGAUAUCGAGAAGAUGUAUCGGCAAGUGCUGAUACACCCAGACGACCGGAAGUUUCAACGAAUCCUUUGGAGAACGGAUUCAGGCAUUCGAACGUACGAGCUUAACACGGUAACAUUCGGCGUCGCGUCCGCUCCGUUCCUCGCGAUUCGAACCGUGCAGCAACUCGCGGACGACGAAGGGAAGGAGCUUCCGCGAACACGCGACAUUUUGAAACGUGAUCUAUAUGUCGACGACUUAUUAACUGGCGCUGAUUCAUUAGAAGAGAUUCUCGAAAUUCGCGACGAGGUAAUCGAGCUUCUGCAACGCGGCGGAUUUAAUAUUCGGCGAUGGGCGUCGAAUCACAAACACGCACUCGACAACAUAAACGAGAAGAUUCUAGAUUUAGAUUGCGCCGUCCAACCAAACGCCGUGCUAAAGACUUUAGGUGUCGUAUGGGAUUCGAGCCGUGAUAAGUUAAUCAUUACCGUCAACCCAAUAGACUUGACCAGAAAGGUAACGAAGCGAAACAUACUGUCAGAAACUGCUAGAAUAUUCGAUCCCCUCGGUCUGAUCGGUCCGGUAAUAAUGUACGCGAGAGUCAUUAUGCAGAAAUGCUGGUUGAGCCAGGUGAAAAUGGAUGAGUCGGUGCCUCAGGAACUGCACUCCGCAUGGUUAACAUUCGCAGACCAGCUGGGAGGUAUCCGAAACCUGGUCGUGGAACGACGACUAUUGAUGGACAAUCCAACCCACGUCGAACUGCAUGGUUUCUGCGACGCAAGUCAGAAGGGCUACGGGGCUUGUUUGUACAUUCGCUCGAGUCACAGCCAAGUAACAACGGUUCGUUUGGCCUGCGCUAAGUUUCGAGUCACGCCCGUAAAAGGAUCAACUAUUCCCCGCCUCGAACUCUGUGGGGCUUUAACGCUCGUUCAAUUAUACAAGGAAACAUACGCGAAGUCUAACCUCAAAUUCGAUAGAGUCAUAUUUUGGACCGAUUCGUCGAUCGUGCUACAUUGGAUCAGAAAGGAUCCUCGGAGUCUAAAGAUAUUCGAGGCAAACCGCGUAAUAGAAAUUCAGACGAUAGGAGAUGCGGUCGAGUGGAGACAUGUAGGGUCAAAGGACAAUCCUGCGGACGCAUUGUCCAGAGGACAGCUACCACGCGACUUCUUGUUGAAUAAAAUAUGGUUUGGUGGUCCUUCGUGGCUUUCGCGAUCCGAAGCCGACUGGCCCGCGAAUCUUGGGAUUUUCGUUUCUAAUUCGGAACAGAACGCCUGUUUGAUUUCCAACGCGAGACCAAAGAGCGAAUUUGAUCAUUGUUCAUCUUCAUAUCAGACACUGAUUAGCGGAGUCGCACGCUGCUUGCGAUGGCUUCCGACCAAACGCAAGAGCCCGGCGAAAUUAGGUAAAUUGCUCACUGUCGAAGAAAGAAACGACGCUGAAUCACGAAUCUUACGAAUUAUUCAACGGGAAAACUUUUCAGUCGAGCUUAAACGACUUACGACGUCACGUAAAGCGAAACUAGGUGAGAUUACGGCGCCUUAUCGGAAGAGUACCAGAUUCGACGAGCUAGACCCUUUCAUUGACGAAAGGGGGUUGCUUCGCGUCGGGGGACGGCUACGAAAGUCCAAGGCGUCUUUCGGGACGCGCCACCCAAUUAUACUUCCGUCAAAUAAUCGCGUCACCGAUCUUAUUAUUAGAGAGACUCACCACCGAACAUAUCACGCCGGAAUUCAAGCCACACUAUACGCGUUGCGAGCUCGAUUUUGGAUCCUAAACGGCAAGGAUCAAGUCCGACGAAUCGUGCGUAGAUGUGUUGACUGCAUACGACAACGCCCUAAACCGUUGCACGGACGAAUGGCAGAUCUCCCGGAGUCACGAGUGAACGAAGCACCCGCAUUUUUGCACACUGGUGUCGAUUAUUUCGGGCCAAUAUUCAUCAAGGAGAAGAAGCUGCGCAAUCGAGCACGGGUUAAGGCAUACGGAUGUCUUUUCAUAUGCAUGGCCACCAAGGCUGUACACAUAGAGAUCGCGAGCGAUUUGACUACGGACGGUUUCCUGGGAGCCUUCCGUCGAUUCAUUAGUCGUAGAGGCACUCCCGAGCAUGUAUAUUCCGACAACGGCACUAAUUUCGUCGGCGCGAACAACCAACUUCGCGAACUUUACGUGUUGUUUGCCUCAGAAUCGUUUCAAACUGACGUACACGCGUUUGCCGUGACUAAAAACAUCACAUGGCAUUUUAAUCCGCCGAUGUCACCACAUUUCGGAGGACUUUGGGAGGCGGCAGUAAAGUCCUUCAAACAUCACUUCAAACGCGUCGUGAAGGACCAAUUGCUCACUUUUGAGGCGCUAAACACUUUGGCGAUUGAGAUCGAAGGAAUUUUAAAUUCGCGUCCGCUCUGUUCCAUCUCCUCCGAUCCAAACGACCCGAUGGCUUUGACACCUGCUCAUUUGCUAAUUGGUCGUCCGUUUACAAUGCUACCUGAUCGCGACUUUUCUUUGAUUCCAGAUAACCGACUCUCUACUUGGAGAUUCAUUACAAAGGCUAGACAACAAUUCUGGCGACGAUGGUAUCUGGAAUACCUGAAUGAAUUGCAAACUCGUCAAAAAUGGCGUGAACCAAACGGAACACUCGGAAAGGAUGCGAUAGUAGUCAUUGUCGACAAAAAUCUACCCUGCGCACGAUGGCCACUGGGUGUAGUCCUCGAGGUGCAUCCUGGGAGCGACGGCAUCGCCCGGACGAAUAAAAGAUUAAAUGAAAUACUGCGCGAGAACGCGGAAAUAUUCGACGAGGAAGUCGGAAAAGUACGGCAUUAUCGGCACGAGAUCACGCUGAACUCUCGUAAACCGUUUAAGGGAAAGACGUAUCCCGUACCCGAGAGACAUUACAGCGACGUAGCCAGAAAAAUCGACCAACUCGAGGCACAAGGCAUCGUGACCAAGGCACCGACACCGUUCAUCAAUCCGUUGGUAGUUGUUGUUAAAAAGAACGGCGAGAUACGCCUAUGCUUAGACGCCCGCGAGCUGAACAAAAGAAUGGUCGACGAUUACGCCCAACCUCCCACGAUAGACGAGGUUUUUAGGCGCAUAGGCAGGAGAAAAUUCUUCACAACCCUCGACGUAUCGCAAGCCUUUUGGCAGAUACCGUUGGAGGAGGAAUCGAAGAAAUACGCCGAAUUUUUAUUCGGUGGACAAUCCUAUGUGUUCGAGAGAAUGCCAUUCGGCUUAAAGACAGCAGGAGCUUCGUUCACCAGAGCGAUGAGCCUGGCUCUAGGCGAGCAAGCGGCGGAAUUUAUGAUAGUGUACCUGGACGAUAUCCUGAUAGCAUCAAACUCCAUGUACGAACAUCUGGAGCAUAUCAAUUACGUGCUAAGAAAAUUGCGAGAAGCGGGAUUUCGCUUAAAUAGAGACAAGUGCGAGUUUGCACGCAGCGAGAUCAAGGGACACAUUUCUGGGACACACAUUCAACGAAACGGAAGCCGAGAUAAAUAA